GAGUAUGGCGCGAAGGGAGUGAGAGGGAGCCACAAGAAUGGCGAAAAUGUGGGAAGUGCGAAGACUGCCACUUCCACAAACCAAACGACACGAACAACGCAACCCCAAACCAACGAAGGACAAAGGGAAGAAAAGCAAAGAGCCAAGCCAGUGACCAUUGUUGUUGGUUCUCAUAUUUGGGUUGAAAACCCAGUUUGGAUUGACGGAGAAGUACUAAACAUUAAGGGAGAUGACGCUGAGAUUCAAACUAGUGGUGGGAGUAAGGUUGUUGCAAAGCUGUCAAAAAUAUAUCCAAAGGAUACAGAAACUCCUCCUGGUGGAGUUGAUGACAUGACUAAGCUAUCAUACUUGCAUGAACCCGGAGUGCUUCACAAUUUGGCAACUAGAUAUGAGAUAAAUGAAAUUUAUACUUACACUGGAAACAUUCUCAUCGCCAUCAAUCCUUUCCAAAGUCUCUCACAUCUGUAUGAUGCUGAUAUGAUGGAACGGUAUAAUGGAGUACCAUAUGGAGAACUGAGGCCUCAUGUUUUUGCAAUAGCCGAUGCUGCAUACAGGGAAAUGAUUAAGGAGGGAAAAGGAAACUCGAUUCUGGUUAGUGGGGAAAGCGGAGCUGGUAAGACCGAAACAACUAAAAUGCUUAUGCGCUACCUUGCCUAUUUGGGUGGUAAUGCUGCAGCUGAAGGGCGGACUGUUGAACAAAAAGUUUUAGAAUCAAAUCCAGUUCUUGAAGCAUUUGGUAACGCUAAGACUGUUAGGAAUAACAAUUCCAGCCGCUUUGGGAAAUUUGUCGAGAUUCAAUUUGAUAAAUGUGGUAGAAUAUCAGGGGCAGCCAUUAGAACAUAUCUCUUAGAGAGAUCUCGUGUUUGCCAGAUUUCGGAUUCAGAGCGUAACUAUCACUGUUUUUACCUCCUCUGUGCUGCACCGCCUCAGGAAAUAGAGAAAUAUAAGUUGGGAGAACCUAAGUUGUAUCACUAUCUUAAUCAAUCAAAUUGCUAUGAACUUGAUGGCACAAGUGAUCAGCACAAUUAUCUCUCCACUCGGAGAGCCAUGGAUGUUGUUGGAAUAAAUGCAGUAGAACAGGAGGCUAUUUUCAGAGUUGUAGCUGCAAUUCUUCAUCUUGGGAAUAUUGAUUUUGCCAAUGGGGGAGAUAAUGACUCAUCUGUUCUGAAAAAUGACGAAUCCCUUUUUCAUCUUCAAAUGACAGCAGAACUUCUCAUGUGUAAUCCUCGGGCUCUGGAAGAUGCACUGUGUAAGCGUGUAAUGGUUACUCCAGAAGAAAUUAUUAAAAAAAGUCUUGAUCCCCAUGGCGCAACAGUUAGCAGGGAUGGAUUGGCCAAGACUAUAUAUUCUCGUUUGUUUGACUGGUUGGUGGAUAAGAUCAAUUUCUCAAUUGGACAGGACCCUAACUCCAAAUGUCUGAUUGGGGUUCUUGAUAUAUAUGGUUUUGAAAGCUUCAAAACUAACAGUUUUGAGCAGUUCUGUAUUAAUUACACUAAUGAAAAGCUGCAACAACAUUUCAACAAGCAUGUAUUCAAGACGCAACAAGAGGAAUACACUAAAGAGGAAAUCGAUUGGAGCUACAUAGAAUUUGUUGAUAAUAAAGAUGUCCUUGAUCUCAUUGAACAGAAGAAAGGGGGGAUUAUUGCUCUGCUUGAUGAAGCUUGUAUGUUUCCAAAAUCAACUCAUGAAACAUUUUCAACAAAGCUGUAUCAGACAUUCAAAGAUCACAAACGCUUCAUCAAGCCAAAACUGACCCGCUCAGAUUUCACCAUUGUUCAUUAUGCAGGAGAAGUACAAUAUCAGUCUGAUCAAUUUCUUGACAAAAAUAAAGACUAUAUUGUUCCUGAACAUCGAGAUUUGUUGAGUGCAUCGACAUGUUCUUUUGUAGCAGGCCUUUUCCCUCCACUUACUGAGGAGGUGGCCAAAUCUUCCAAGUUUUCAUCCAUCAGUUCUCGUUUUAAGCUACAACUCCAACAAUUGAUGGAAAUACUAAAUUCUACAGAACCCCAUUACAUAAGAUGUAUAAAGCCGAAUAAUGUUUUAAAGCCCGCUGUAUUUGAGAAUGAUAAUGUCAUGCAACAGCUACGUUCUGGUGGUGUUUUAGAGGCUGUCCGAAUAAAAUGUGCUGGAUACCCUACUUACAGGAGUUUUUCUGAAUUUUUAAGUCGAUUCCGUGUCCUGGCCCCAGAAGUUUUAAAAAUGGAUUGUCCUGAAAAUGAAGCCUGUGAAAAGAUUUUGGUGAAGAUGGGCCUUAGAGGUUAUCAGAUAGGGAAAACAAAGGUUUUCCUAAGAGCUGGUCAGAUGGCUGAGCUAGAUGCAAAGAGAAUACUCUUACUUGGCGACUCAUCUAAGGUGAUUCAAACGCGGGGCAGGACUCGUAUAACUCGUAAAAAGUAUGUUUCUACACGGGAGGCUUCUAUUUGUGUACAAUCAUUUUGUAAAGGAGAACUGGUUCGCAAGUUAUUCAAGCUCAAGAAGCGGGAGAUUUCCGCAGUUAAAAUUCAGAAGACUGCCCGUAAACGCCUGGCAAGAAAAGACUAUCUCAGAAUCAAGUUCGCUUCGACUAUCUUACAGGCAGGUGUAAGGGCAGUGGCUGCCCGUGAUGAAUUUAGAUAUAGGGUUAAUGCGGCAAUUAUUAUUCAGACAGGUUUACGGGCAAUGGCUGCUCGUUAUGAUUUUAGAUGUAGAAUUAAUGCGGCAGUUAUUAUUCAGACAGGUUUACGGGCAAUGGCUGCUCGUGAUGUUUUUAGAUGUAGAAUUAAUGCGGCAGUUAUUAUUCAGACAGGUUUACGUGCAAUGGCUGCUCGUGAUGUUUUUAGAUGUAGAGCCCAAUCUAAGCCUAAAGUUAUUGUUCAGACUGAUUUGGAGACAAAAAUAGCAGAAACACCGAAGUUGGAGCCCUCCGUGCAAGCUAAUACUGACUUGGAAAAAGAAAAGGUUGAAGAGGCAACAAAUGCAGAGUCCUCCCUGCUUACUAAUGUAAGCAGAGGGUUUGAAAUAGAUGCAUUGUCUAAAAGUCAGGUUGCACAGGUAGAAAUUGAAGAUGCAUGCUCUAUAACCGAAGAUCUUUCAAGUCCUGAUCAAAACGCUGAAAGAGUUAAAAUUCUUACUGCAGAAGUUGAAAGUCUGAAGGUCAUGUUGCAAGCUGAAAAACAAAGAGCCAAUGAGUGUGAAAGGAGAUACGUAGAAGCUCGGGUAUCAAGUGAGGAAGGACGUAGAAAGUUAGAGGAAACUGAAAGAAUAGUUCUUCAACUUCAGGAAUCUUUGAACAGGAUGAUAUAUUGCAUGUCAAACCAAGUUUCCGAGCUGAAAACAAUAUUAUCUACAGCAUCCAAGUCAAGUUCAACAACUUCAGGACCUUUGGUUAGACACGAAGGGUUUGAUAGCAUUUCCAGUAACUCUGAUUAUUCAUCCACCGACUCAGAUUUCACUUUUCCAGCUCCAGCUACAAGUUCAGUUAACUUUUCUUCUACCGGCCCCAGUUCUAUCCAGCUUAUAGUUCAGGACGUUUCAGGCGGAGAAGUUUCAGGAUCUGAAAACGAGAAGGAGGGGGCUUUUGAUGACUUCUUCUGACGGAGCUUGUUCUAAUUAUUUUCUUCUUUCUUGCUUAGACAUGCGUCUCUCAUUAACCGUCAGACUUCUGGCACUGUAAAUAGAUCGCCAGACUUGAACAUAUACGUCCCAUAUGCUUCAUACCGGUUCAUAGACCGACAAGUUUCUCUCAAGAUUAUACAGAUCCAUUGGUCAGGUAGUGUGUAGCAAGGGAUCAAAUGUAGUAAAUUUAGGGUAGUAACGUCCGUUGUGAUUUCAGUUUGCCUUGUUAACCGGCCACGGCCUUAACGUGCACAAGAAGCUUCCUCCAAUUUUACUUUAGCAUUUCACUGUAAUUGAUUUUAUUAGACAGCUUCAGGGUGUUAAAUUAUCUCAACUCAAUGUAUAUAUUGUGGUGCUUUUUUUUUCAAAC